AGGAAAUUUUUUCGCCAAGUACCAAUAUAUAUUCGCGUGUAUUGUGCGAGCUGGCGACCAGCAUACGACAUUCGUGCGGCUACUACAACUGAAAGAGAGAAUGGAAGUACCGUGAAGUUAUGCUGUUAUGGUGUCGUCGAGCAGAAUACAGGCGAUAAUUGGAAUAAUACAGGUAUGGUGUUGAGCACUACAACACCACCUGUUGGAGGCUCUGCACCUCAACUGGCGACACUUUCCGCUCUCAUUCAUCGAGCCAACAAACAGUUAGCUUUUGCGCCAUUACUUUUCGUAAAAAAGCCAUCUGAGGAGGAUAUGGGCUUCGGCUCCUUCGACUGCAACGAAAUGACUGACGCUGUCGCUCUACACCGUUUCAACACCGCACAGCAGAGCAGGACCAGUGAGGAAAGCAGUAUCACUACACAUAGCAUCGAAAACCUCGUAUCUACGUGUUUUUCCGUUCCACGGAUCCUCAGCAUCCCGAGUAAUGGUGUUAAGUACAAGGUGCUUAUCGCAACGUUCGAUCUAGCAUGCACUUUCGUCCAUGAAUGUGUGCCUUCACGCUCUGAUUCUGCUUUCUUGUCCGCUACAGUAACGAACACAACAUCUUUUCCACUUUCACCCGGAGAUUUGGCAGUAUAUUUUAACAACGGAUUCAUAACCAAGUUUCAUCUCGGUGUUGUGCUACCUGGAGAGCAAUUUUGCUGCCCACUCGGUGUGGACCCAUCCAUCAAAAUCGAAUGUAAAACUCCAACUAUAAGCAAAGCACAGGUGGGUUUCAUGUCGAAAAACACACUGAUAACGCACGAGCACGUAGUAUCGCUUAGAAACGCCAAGGUCACAGAGGCGGUGCAGCUGACCGUCUGGAAGCAGAUUCCGAAAUCCACUGAUGAGAAAAUCAAGGUCUGUGUGGUUUCACCCGAUAUUCGAGGAAAGUACGAAGCCGUGCUCAACAAGGAUCACAACUUGGAGUGGAAGUUAGUGCUGGAAUCGGGAGAGCAUAAGGAUCUCUACAUUAAAUACACCGUGGAACAUCCAGCAUCUGAAUCGAUUUCGUAUAGACUUCUUUCUCAGCAUUCAAGUUAA